ACGUGUAGGCGGUGACGUCUAAAAACCGGAUGACGUCAUAGUCCCGCGACAAGCGACGAAUCAGGAAGACGAAGAAAAUGGCUGCAAGGUUACUGCUCCGCUCGGCCUUCAGAGCCGCAGCGACCCACCGGGCGGCCGCGGUGCCCGCUGUGAGCCGCGGCAUGGCGGCUGGAGGGAUUCCUACAGAUGAGGAGCAAGCUACCGGGCUGGAGAAGGUCAUCAUGAAGGCCAUGAAGGAGGGAACGGACCCCUACAACAUGAUGAAGCCCAAGGAGUACGCCGGCUCCAAGGCCGACCCCCACCUGGUCCCCUCCAUCACCAACAAGAGGAUUGUGGGAUGCAUCUGUGAAGAAGACAACACGGCCGUGGUCUGGUUCUGGCUCCAGGAGGGUGAGGCCCAGCGCUGCCCGUCCUGUGGUUCCCACUACAAACUUGUGGCCCACGAGCUCCCCCACUAACUCCUCCAGCUCUGUUCUAAUGGAGCUGUAUUCCACAGCUGUGUCUUUGCUUCUCUCACAAAUUCCUCCGACCAUCAGAACGAGGAGAAGAAACAUCGCUCUUCAUCCUUCAGUCCGCAGGAGGUUCCUUUUGGUCCGUCUACUUCCUGGAGCUGUGAGACCUCGUCUGAUUGGUCCUUGUUCUGUCAUGAACCCGCUGACCUCAUCAGUCUUUACAUGUUAGCAAGUUACACAGGGACCACAUGUGGUUUCUUGAAACCCUUUCUAUUCAGUUUACAUUGACUCCUGUACUGUACAAUGUUCUACUCUGUUCACUGACUUCCUGUUUGUUCAACCAAUAAAGUCUCAUGAAACAUUC